GAGUGGCGUCCGGUGCGGGGCGGAAGUGCGUCUUGGGCUUCAGCUGCGAAAACACAACAAGCAGGAACUGCGGCUGAAACAACUCAUCCAGUUGAUGGACUGAAGACAAUUCCAGCAAGCAUUGGGUGCAAGGUGGGGUACACCCUGGAUGGAGCAUCAAGUCAUCACAGGACAGCCACACACAAACGCACACCAAGGACAAUUUUGAUUCAGCAACUGGUCAACAAAAGACCUUAUAUAGGUAGGUGGCAACACAAUGGAUGAGCUGGUGCAUGAUCUAGCAUCUGCUCUGGAGCAGACCUCGGAGCUGUGGGAGGAGAUGGUCCUGAGCCCACUUCAGCAGCGGAGGCAGAUCCGACGCAGACGGGGCCGCAAGCGCCGCUGCGACUCCUCUUUGCAUCCGCCAGAGCAUGGGCGUUGCCUCAGCGAGGCAUCAGAGUCCAGCCCGGAGGAAGUGACCAAGGACUGUCGCGAGAAUGCGGCCGCUGCUGCCAUUUUCAGUGACUCAGAUGACAUGGUGGUAGCCAAGCGCCGACCUUCCUCCUCCUCCUCUGUCGCCACUGCUUCUCUCAAAACCAAGCAGCACUCCUGGGCCGAGUCUGACUCUUUCACUGAGAACACACCAGGCCGACCUCUGCGCCGCCGCCGCAAGGUCAAGCGCAUGACUUCGGACGUGACUGUCAGCCUCCAGCGGAAGCUUAAGGUUUCGGAGUUGGACAGAGAACGGGCCGGUGGCCACAAGUUAGCCAAGAAGCAACGACUUUCCAAAAUGAAGAAGGGCACCUGGGUUGGGGGUGGCCGAGAGGUGGGGGCAGGUGCCGCAGGACUUCUCACUGAAGAAUGCUGGAAGGACAAGAUCACGUUGGAGGCAAAAGACCAGAGAGAGGCCUCUGACGAAAACAUGUCUGAAUGUGAGACCAGCAGUGUGUGUAGCAGUGAUCCUGGGCUUUUCACCAAUGAUGAAGGAAGGCAAGGCGAUGAUGAGCAGAGUGACUGGUUCUUUGAGGGGGAGUGUGGACCAGGAAUGGGUGUCCCGAAUCUCCUACCUGGAUGGGAUAGAGAAGCCCCAUCCGACCUGGACGUGCUGGAUGCUGGACUGGAGAAGCUCUCCUCACCCACCUUCCUGCAGCCAGCCCGUCCCUCCCAGAGAGGUUACCACACCCGUCUGAACCGCCUGUCCGGCGUGGCUGCCCGGUGCAUCAGGAAGGGCAGGAGGAGGCUUCCUGGCAAGGAGAGCACAAUGGCAGCCAUGUCUGUUGAGAGGAUGAAGCAUUUCUCCCAGGAUCCCUACCAGAAAGACUUCUGGCUGCCAUCCAUUGGAAAAAGAGACUGGCACCAGUUUAACCCCCUCUCUCCGCUGUACCCGAUGGACAUGCCAUCGGAUGGCUCCCAUCGCAGGUGCUCCUCCUCGGUCUGCAAGAACAGGCAAACAAGUGUCCACCUGGGCCUGCUGUGCACAGGGGACAUUAAGAGGAGGAGGAAGACCACGGCGGUGCCCAGCGCAGCAGCAGCAUGUAUCCCGUUCCAUGAGGACCGUCUCCCAGAGGCUCUGGAAGGGUGUGCCAUGGAGUCCGCAGUGGACAACAGCUCCUCUGUCACCGAAUUGCAGGACUUCCUCAAACCCAGAGCUUCUUUCUUUAGCACCCAGAAGGACCAGGAGGAGGACUGAGGAGGGACCAGGGCUUCACCUCGCUUUCAACAGCCGUCCCAGGUGGAAGAUUGACAAUGCACAGUUCAACAGAUGGAGUAGGGGGUUGUUCAGAGAGGGAUCCAAAUGAUAAAAACAAGGAGUCAAUCCAAUUUAAAAAAAAGAAAAAAAAAAACCCACAGGGACUCAAAUUGACGCUCUUCAAUACUGUCGUGUGGGAACAACCCCUUCCACGGGCCACUUAAAGGAAAAGGAAAAAUGUUAAUGCAAUCACGCCUGUUAAUCAGCUCUCAGCCAUUCCCUUUUGCAGGCGAAGAGUCUUCGGAGGCCACCGGGAAAUUCGACCACUACUCCCACCUGCUUCUCGCACCUCUAGUCGGGGAAACAGUUUUGCGUUCUGUGACCUGUGCGGCAUUUGUCAGCAGCGAUGGCGAAAUGGCGAUUGCGAGGAGGGGGGUGGGGUUCACUUCAAAGUCCAGAGCGGACCCCCAACAGGUAGCCAUAGCGCAAAACUGACAGAUACCAUGGCAUCAGAACGCGUUGCUGCCUCAUGCUGGUGCGACUCAUAGAUGUGCCCUCCUCCUCCUCCGCAUGUGAGCCACUCAAAGAACAGGCCUCCCUAUUAGCAUGAAUUUGAACAUCCAUGUUUGCCACAAAGCCCCUCAUUAGCACAACAGAGAGAGUCUGUGUUGUGCUCCCUAAGGGGGGGCUCCCUCUUUCUCCCUUCACUUAUCUCCUGUAUUCAAAUGUCUCCACGUUAAAGUCAGCGGCAACAAAUUCGACAAAAAAACACCUUUCUGACAAACAAACUGCUGUUUGUGUUUUGAUCUGUCGGGUAGGGGGAAGAGGGGCUGUACUGAGCUUGUGGUCUCCUGGAAAAUGGCUACUGUCUCAUCGCUAACAAAAGAGCAACAUUUGCAGUAUAAUUUAUAUCCGCUGUCUUCUGUCUGCAACAAUCCAGGACCCGUCACCCACUGCAAACAUGCCUGUUUGGUACUCUGAGCUGUAAGCGGAGAGCUGAAGAGUGGAAAAACGGCAUUGUCCUGAAAUGUCAGUAGCUGGUAGUCUUUUAAUCUGUAACAACAGUAAACAGCAGGAAGAAGCACAGACAUGUGUACCAGUGAUUAUGGAAAUGUGUUCGCUGAAGGGUGUCACUGCUGUGGAAAGGGCGUGCGUGGAAGACAAAGGAAUGUGAUCAUGGUCCCCAGAGGGAGGCCCACGCGUGUUUGGUGUGACUGUGGCACAGGGGCCACACUAGUACUGUGUGGUUGUAGCUGGUCUACCAGGUGUGUGCACACCCAGGACCCAUCUGUGGGUGGGAGUGAACCACAGCUUGGCUAGGCGGGUUACUGCUGACGCCGCUGCUCUGGCUGCAAGGCCCUUGCAUCAGCGUGGAAGCUCGUGCAUGUGGCGAAAACCUGCAGCAGCCCGAAGAAAUGCACAAGUUCACUUUUCAUUCAAAUAUGUGUGUCGGUGUGGUUAUGGCCUCUUCCGUACUACAGUCAUCUCUCUGAGGUUAGAUCCAACAUGGCCUGAUCACGUUUGUGUGGUUUUUAGCUAACCCGCAACAGAAGCAGAGCACUUUACCAUAAUGCCAUGGUAAUUAGCAGCGGCAGUAUUUAUGGCUUCAUGGGCCAGGUUCCUCGUUCACCUCAAUGGAUUUCCGAUGGUUAGGAAGUCGGAGUGUGUCAGGUGGGCUCAGUCAAUUGCCCCGUUACAGUUAAGAAAUCCAGCUGGCUGAUACCGCUCAUAUUUCAUCCUCGGUAAGGAUUACCUGUCAAGCCAAAAGGAGAUGUAUUGAUCUGUUUUCCUUUUUCCGGCAGCAAUCACCUGACAGGCACCUAGGAGGCAGGUGAAUGACUGAUACCCACUCCGUCGCCCUUCGUGGGGGGUUUCCGAUGCACCGAUGACAGGGGGCCAUAAUGUGAUCAUAAACUCAGUGUGAACUUGGCAGGAGGGUCUGCUUGCACCUCACUCCAUCCCCGUUACCCCUGGCCCUACAGUAGAACUGCUCUUGUGCCUACAAGUUGAGCGGUGUGCCCUUGCUAAAGGCUGCGCUGGAAUCCUCAACAUUUUGGUCUCAUUUAUGUAUGUUAAAGCCUUUCAUUUGGAACAUGUGACAAGGGAAGGAAACGCGUACGUAAACAAACCAAAUUUGUCCGAGUUUAACUCUUAACCAGUAUUAUGUACAAAUAAACCUAGUUCAUAGUAAACAUUAAAUAGCUCCUGGCUUCAGCAGAGUUCAUGUAUAUUUUUCCAAGAUUUAUAUAUGUAUUUUAUCCCCAACUACAGCACAGGCUCAUGUGAGCGCAGUUAUUUGAACGAUCCCGUUUUCCAUGAACGAUCGUGUUAUAGCGUUAAAUAUGUAGGCGCUCAAUGAUUUCUUUGAAUUCGUAUUUUAUUUUUGGUUUUUUGUUUUUAAUAAGGGGUGGCAUGGUGGUGCAGCAGGUGGCACUGCCACCUCACAGCAUCUAAGCUUUUCGGGCAUGGGUUAGUAUCCAGCUCAGUGUGUGUGGAGCUCUCCUAGUGUCUGUGUGGGUUUCCUCCCGGUGCUCUGGUUUCCUUUCCCAAUCCAAAGACACGCAGUUCAGGUGGAUCACCUAAAUGGGUGAGUGAGCGUGUGCAUGUGUUGCUACCCUGUUAUUGACUGGCGUCUUGUCCAGGGUGUUUAGGUAUAGCAUAGCACCAAGUGCUUCUGGGAUAGGCUCCACACCACCACAGCCCUGAUCAGGGCAAAGUGGUUAUGAAAAGUGAAUGAGUGUUUUUAAUAAUCAUAAAAAUAGUGUUUCAUGUAGCAAAAUGAGACUAGUUUGUGGUGCUGCAGGUUUCCCGUGUCAUGUACUGUGUUUCAUGAGCACUCCGUUUGAAACCCGGUGCCUGUUGUCUGUCUCUGGACCACCGUGUAUGAAGUCCUCUGUACUGUAUAUGUUAUAAGCAACACAGCUAGCGUGUACCCCACUGUGUGACCCUGACUCUGCCUUUAUAAUACCCCCUCAAAGCGUCACGCUUAUAGCCGGGGGGCACGGCUCCGGCUGCUAAAAGCAACGGAGGAGCGUGAAGGGAAACAACAAGCGAGGAUAAAGAAAUGUAUUGAGACAUUUAGACAUAGUGAUUUCACACCAGCUCAAUUGUUGUGAAUGGAAGAUGAUUUACCGAGUGAAAAAUAAUAUGAUGUUACUGCUGGAGACAAUUCUAGCUUUAGAGCCUGUUCUGCGAUGUUGGUUUUGUUCUCUGCUGACAAAUGCCAUUUAUAUUUAAAAAUGUGUGUUUAAUGCACCUUUUCCUCAUGUCAUGCUCAUUUCAUUGUCAUAAUUUAACAUAUCUGAGCCAAACGUGGACAGGGAAAGCUCUUUCACAACAAAUUCCAUUGCCUUUCAGUGAUCAGAUUAUAUUAUUCAGACUUGAGCUUCCCAUACGCCAUUGCAAAAAUAGUAUCUCCAUUAAUAGGCUUAAUGGGAAGAGAAUCGCCCAUGAGCACCAAAUGCAAAGGUGGGAACAUGUGGCUGCAUAAUGUCACCAUCCUUCAGAAAAUCUGUUGGGAGUUCAUAAGUUGGUCUGUUGUAAGAGGAAGAAAGACAUGGCAAAACAGUAAAAACGUCAGAAAUACGGUGUAUGUUGCACUUAAGUUGGAUCCGGAGGACGGUAUUCAUAGACAAGAGAUAUCCAUCCAGCAGGAGUCAUUUAUUCCCUCUGUUAUCUGUAUGACUUUUAAGAGUUCAGACACUACCAUCUAUCGGUAAGAUUCCUCAACAUUGUGCUUUUCUAUUACUGAGGGUGAUGAGCAGAACCGAUCAUCACGGGGAUUUUUUCCCCCCCGGGGACAGGGUUCAUGUCAAGGUUCUUAGGCAGCUAUUCCAUAUCUUGUGAAAAUGAGCACAAUCAUAUCUUGUUAGUUAUUAUCUUAAUAAUUGUAGCUACGAGUGCAUGUGUAAUUGCUAUGGCGUUACAAAUCAUCCAGCAAGGAAUGUCGCCGGCCUCAACUGCCUGCACUGUAUUGUUCCGUGCUUUUGAAUAUGGUACAGUGUUUGUGUUGAUAUGAUACUGAUUGGUGUUUUAAUUUCCAUUGUUAAAAUGAAACUUUGGCUGGAGUGUGGUCAGGACUGUGAAACUUUCUUUUAAAACAUCGGUGAGAGAAUUAUGAUGAAUUGGGAUGAUUUAAUUUAGAGUUCAGGCAUUGUGUGGUUUGUUAGGCAGUGGGAAAAGACCUGGUCAUGCAUUAGGCCAAGAUUAUUUAAUCUGUAUUUAUGUGGAAGCAUCAAGGAUUUCUCUUUUGACCGUUCAAAAUUUUAUGCGCUGAAUUAUUGUAUUCACAUGGCGUAAACAGUAUUGGAGGAGAUGUACUGCAUAUGUUGGAAGAGCUGACUUUGUCAGCUGUUACUUGUUACGGUUGGUAGUGCACUUUUUGUUUUGAGGUGUAGUGGGAAAAAUUGGACUCAGGACAGCGAAGCUAAUUCAACAGUGUUUGGAAUAUCACAUCGGGCCCAUAAUUAAAAUAGAAACAACAACAGACGUGCUCAGCUAAUAGUGAAGUAAAAAAUAAAGGGCUUUGGUCGUCGAAACCCCCUGGAGUAAAAUUUUGGAGCAAUGAUGGGAGAGCAUCUGUCCCGAAAAAUAAAACAUCCUUCGAUAAGCUUGAGCAUGCUCUCCCAUCAUUGCUCCAAGAUAAUUAAGACACACAUUUAAUUUUAAGUUUUGUUUUUUCCCCAGUAACGUACUCACUCAAGAGUUUUUUUUUUUUUUUUUUUUUUUUUUUUAAAAGUCAUUCUGGUGUUGUAUGGAAUGAGGUUUUGGUGACUUCCGUAGCGGCGCAGCGGUGGUGGACUCCUGGUAUAUGAGUCUACCCUUUCUAUCAAAGGCCUACAAAGUUGUACAGGAAAACUGAUGUGCUUUAAUGUGUCCGAACUACAACACGGAAUCCAGACGAACCAAAACGAAGUACAAAUGUGUCUGAUUUCGCGUAUUAGGCGUUGUGUGAAGCAGCAAAUUUUUUAUCCAGGAAGAAGGGUGACGCUCUUUGGCGCUUAGGGCCAUGUUGUUUCAGUGUCGCUCUGGUGACCAGGACAAAGCCUGAAACAUCCAUCUCCCAGAGCUUAUAAACUGAUGCAAUAACAGAAGCAAACACUAAAAUAAGAGACAAGACUAUUAAAAAAGAGGGAAAAAAUUUUUUUUUUUCUUUUUUCUUUUUUAAAAAGCAUUUGAAGUGUAUCUGAUGAAGUGCAGUAGUCCAGUAUGUGUGCCCGGUUGUAGGAGCACCCCAUCUUCUGGUUUGUAGGUCACUUGGGUUGAGCAACGUCUGCCCUGCUUGUGUGGCCACCAAGAGUGAAUGGCACUUGCAAAGAACAGCCUGGUCUUAUUUUAGGAUCUCCUGUAUGGUUUGUUUUCAUAAAUACGUGCAGACCUGUGAAUGGAAAGGUUUCUCUCCGACCACUACUUGGACGUUACUGUCACUCAAUGCUGACACCACAAGUGCUGGGUGUGCCAUUGCCAUUGUUUCUACCAUCCAUGUUGUCAUUGUUUUUUUUCCAUUGCUUUGUGAAGUACCUUAUUGAUGAAGUAUGUCAGAACUUGAAUGGGAAAUGAUUGAAAAAUGCCAAUAAACAUAAAGAGUUUGUGUCUCUUCUU